CUCCCAGCAGUCACCGCGCCUGCCGCGGCCACUCUCCGGCUAGAGUGGCCGAACGCGAUUUUGCUGCGAGAGGCCGCAGCAAGCCCGCGCGAGUGGGCGUGGGACGGGGGCGGAGCUUCGUGAAACUCGGAGGGUCUCGGGACUUCGCGGGAGCGAUCUCUCAGCUCUGUGGAACCUGUGGUGCUUCGCCGGCCACCGGAAUGGAGAGUAGGUGCUACGGAUGCGCUGUCAAGUUUACCCUCUUCAAGAAGGAGUAUGGCUGUAAGAACUGUGGCCGGGCCUUCUGUUCUGGCUGCCUGAGCUUCAGUGCAGUGGUGCCUCGGACAGGGAAUACCCAACAGAAAGUCUGCAAGCAGUGCCACGAGGUCCUGACCAGAGGGUCAUCUUCUGCCAAUGCUUCCAAGUGGUCACCACCUCAGAACUAUAAGAAGCGUGUGGCUGCCUUGGAAGCCAAGCAGAAGCCCAGCACUCCCCAGAGCCAGGGACUGAUCCAUCAAGACCAAGUUAUUGCUGAGCGCCUAGCACGGCUCCGCCAACAGAACAAGCCCAAGUCAGUGGCCUCACAGGCGGAGAUAGAAGCCAGGCUAGCUGCGCUGAGGGAUGAACCCCGGGGUUCCAUCCUUUCCACCCAAGAAAUGGAGGCACGGCUUGCUGCACUGCAGGGCAGAGUUCCACCUUCUCAGAUCCCCCAGCUUGCACAUCAGACACCAGACACCAGAACCCAAGCCCAGCAGGCACAGGAUCUGCUGACAGAGAUGGCAGCACAAGUGGCUAUUGAUGAGAGCUGUCAACAAGGAGGCCCAGCUGCCUCUGUCCAGAAUGACCUCAACCAACGUGGCCCAGGGGGCCAGAGCACUAAUUCCAAGGGGGAGACCACCUGGUCCCUGGAAGAGGCGAAGAGCAGGCUGCUGGCUGAGGCAGCAGUCGAGCUGCGGGAAGAGAACACAAGGCAGGAGAGGAUCCUGGCCCUCGCCAAGCGCCUGGCUGUGCUGCGGGGCGAGGACCCUGAUAAAGUGACCCUCCAGGACUAUCACCUCCCAGACAGUGACGAUGAGGAGGAUGAGGAGACGGCCAUCCGGAGAGUAUUGCAGCAGCUCACCGAAGAAGCUGCCCUGGAUGAGGCAAGUGGCUUUAACAUCCCUGUGGAGCCCACUCUCCGAGCCCCCGCCCAGUCCUGCAGGGCAGAUCCUGAGGCCCAGGCCAUGGCUGCCCGGCCCGAAGCUGAGGAUGAGGAGCUCCCCUGGUGCUGCAUCUGCAAUGAGGACGCCACCUUGCGCUGCGCUGGCUGUGAUGGGGACCUCUACUGCGCCCGCUGCUUCCGGUGAGUACGGCUGGAAUGUUCUGUUGCACUGGGAGACGUCGAGGGCCACCCGUGAUCCCUGACCUGUCUCUCUCUGCUCCGCAGGGAAGGCCACAAUGCCUUUGAAAUUAAAGAGCACCAGACAUCUCCCUACUGCCCACCUUGCACAGGCCGAGAGCACUGAGGAAACCAGGCAGGCAAGCCCACCAGCAGUGGUGCAGGCUGGUGCGCCCACCCCUGGGCCCAGCCUCGGGGCGCCCCAUGGGAGAGUGAGUCAGGCUAGCCUGUUCCUGGAUACGCCCCUUCCUGAACCUCAGUGUCCCCGGAAGAAGGAAGCAUUCUCCAUUCAAGAUGGUAACUGGGGGAAGCCAGAAGGAAGGCAGAAGUCAGGAGCCCGCCACCAGCCGGUGUGUGAGGCGUGGUAGGGAAAAGACGAGACUGAAUCUAAGGGCAAUGAGCUUUGAAACUUGCUCAAGGACCCAAGACCCUUCCCUGGUACUUAAUGGAUCUAAUAAAAAAUGUUGAUAUCUUAGG